GCACAACCCGAUACAGCGGCCAACAGGUCACUUCUUCCGGUUUACCGGAUACUCCAAACCGGAAGCGUUGUCCAGAGGUUUCUUGCUCCCCCGAAAGUCUUUACCCCUUGAAGGGUUGCUUCCGUGACCCUCUUAGUCCGUCUGACUCAAAUUACCAGGUGUCUUCCCAUUAUUCAUCUGGCGGUUCAUCCACCACCCAGAUGCCUCCUCUUAAGACCGUCCCUGGUGCCAAAGCUCAUCUAAGCAAGAAGCCAAAGACCACUGUCCCAACUGAAGAAGUUGAUACAGACAGAAUUUCAGAAGGUGCUGAUAAAGAAGCUGACAUUGCCAUUGAUGAUCCUGUACCUCCAAGUCAGGAUACAUAUGUUGAAGCUCCAGAAGUCAAUCCGCCCAGCCUGCAUGCUGAUCCUCCAAGCCCAGCCAAGGGCAACAACGUGCCAAGCCCGGCCAGAGAUACUGUCAAUCCGCCACCCCCUCAAAAGGUGGUGAUGAUGAUGUUGUUAUCACUGGUCAUGGUUUCACUGCCCCUGGCAAUCCAGUUGCUCUAUCAAAGCAUACUGCCAAGGAGGAAUUUGCAGCUAUGGGCAAGGGCAAAGGAAAGACAGACUUGUCCAGCUUUGUUGAUCUGAGCGCCGAGGAACUUCAUUCCGGAUUUUUAAACCGCCUCUUCACAAGCCGGGAUUAUGAGGCCGGUUUGGUGAAUUUAAUGAAAGAGCGCUAUGAGGCUGAUAUAAAGACCAAAGAGUCUCAACUCGCCAAUCUUCAAGAAAAUAUUAAAUUCCAGCAAGAAGAGACCUCGAAAGCCAAAGAGGAGCUAAAGGGCGCUUUGACAACCAUGGAACAACUGAAAGAGGGCUUCAAAAUUGAACACACCAAUUGGGAGACUGAAAGGGCUGCUCUGUUGAAGCGGGCUGAAGACGCCGAAACGGCCCUUAAACCGGUUGAGGAAGAGCUGACUGGGCUGAAACGUCAAGUGAACGCCAUGACAACUGCU